UGAUCCCCGUGAGCCAAUUAGAGUUUAAAACAUUAUGCGCGCUCCUGGUCGAAACGGAGAAGACUGAGAGAAGUGAAAAAGCGCAAAUAUUUAUCUGUCUGUAAAUUAGUACAUCGUUGAGCAAUAACUAGCUACACAAUGUCUGAAGAAAAGCCAAAGGAAGGAGUGAAAACUGAAAACGAUCACAUCAACCUAAAGGUUGCAGGUCAAGAUGGGUCAGUAGUCCAGUUCAAAAUUAAAAGGCACACUCCGCUCAGCAAGCUGAUGAAGGCGUACUGUGAAAGACAGGGUUUGUCAAUUAGACAGAUAAGGUUUAGGUUUGACGGACAGCCGAUUAACGAGACUGACACACCUGCACAGCUUGAGAUGGAAGACGAGGAUACUAUUGAUGUAUUUCAACAACAGACUGGCGGUUCCUCCCUCUCUGAGGCUCCUCCCUCUCUGAGGCUCCUCCCUCUCUGAGGCUCCUCCCUCUCUGAGGCUCAUCUUAAAGGUGUACGGACCCCUCUCCUCCUCUCUGAGAACAGAUACACUUGAAGAGCAGCAUCACUCAAAACAUUUUUUAUUUUCAAUAAUCAUUUAUCGUUAUAAAUAUAUUUUUUGUUUGAUUGAUCCACUUCCCCCCCAAGCCCUACAUGUUGUGAGGGGAGGCAGGGAUCUGUUUACAAUGGGUUACAUUCACAUUCUCUACUCACUCGUUCAAUCCCCCUUCAUGCAUUGGUGCAGCAUGACUAAAGGGAGGUUCCACCACCGCCAUACUCCUCACACCAUUCCAUUUAAAUGCAUGAGGUUGAGUGAACGAGUGCAGGGUAGUGAAUUGGGACGUAGCCAUGAUCACAAGCUGGAUGUCAUGCCACCGAACCAUUUCUUGUUUAUAUGAACUAGAACUGUUUUGAGAAUAUGUAUUUGUUUCACACACAGGGGGUCCAACUGUCCUUCAGAUCCCUAAUGGCAGCCUAUUCCCUUUAAAGUGCACUACUUUUUGACCCAAAGUCAUGCACCUAUAUAGUGAAUAGGAUGCCAUUUGGGAUGUACCUCAAUCUACCACAGGUUGAGGUAACACAAGGUCCACUGAUCCUUCUGUUUCUCUAGUGACUUUAGUUUAGUUUUUAUUUGUAUUAUUACAUUUUGCUAAAUAUAUGGGCCAAAUGAUCAAUGUUCUCAUUUCACCCUGUAUGGCCAUACGAUUGAAUGGUGCAUGGCUGUGUCUAGACCAAAUGCUAAAUGAACAGAAAUGUCUCGGUGAUAUGAUUGAAAAGGGUAAAGUUUUAAGGUCUAUUUUUAACGUCACUUGAAGAAAGGAUUCAACUUACCUUUUCAGAUGGCUUUCUGUUUAUCCCCCUCUCUCCACACAGACGGAAGGGGCGUAGUUGAGCUGUACUUGGUGGAUUUCUCCAGAAUUUUACCCAUCAUUACUGCAUCACUGAUAUUUUAUGUCACAAUAAAAAGGAAUCCACCCAGACUUCAA